CCCGAGCACGCGCCGGUUUAAAACAAAACAAGCUUUCGAGUUUUGGAUUUUUACUUACCACGUCUCUUAUUGUUCCGUCUAUCCGUUUGAUAUAACUUUUGAUACAAGUGAUCCGAGUGUUGUGAGGAAAGCAACGAAAACUUAUUCUCGGUUGUGCCAUUGUUCCGCCACCGUGGUUCCGCUAAGACUUGGAAUAAAAUCAUGAUAAAAUGAUGGAGAGUAAAAAUAUAGUAAUCAAGCUGUCGGUUCUAGCCAUGUUAGCAACCACAAUCAUUUUCAUGACUUACCUGUCGCCACAAUCUAUGUAUGUGCCGCACGCUCUGGACAGCAGCGCUUUCGUUCAAUCUAUCCCGAGUAAAUCGCAGUUAUCCAUCGUCAAUCACACCAAAAUAGUGCUGCUGACGUAUCCCCAUCUUUGGGGUUUCCGAUUCAAUAUGGGCCGAGUUGGAUUCAUCAACGCUGGUUGUGAGGUGAGCAACUGCAUUCUAACCACCAACCACACUUACGUGAAGGAUUACAACUUCGACGCUUUUCUCAUACACGGACCAACUCAAAGGAAAGGGCCGUGGAUUUUGCCUAACCGACGACGAGAUCAAGUUUUCAUUCUAUUCUCUACAGAACCCCCAGACCACAUGCCUCGUUUGGAUGUCUUCGAGAACUAUUUCAACUGGACGAUGACUUAUCUUCCCGAAUCUGACAUCCCUUUGCCUUACGGCCGGAUUGAGCAACUGGCCAGCGCUCCCAAUGGAGAAAGAGAACGACGUGACAUGCAAGAGUCUGUCCGCUUGUCAAACGUCAACCCAGCCAAAGGAAAAAGCAAGUUAGCCAUCUGGAUGGUGUCAAACUGUCACGCCCGAAGUAAUCGGAUGAAAUACGUGCGCCAACUCCAGAAAUAUGUCGAUGUGGAUAUUAUAAGCACCGGGGGGAAAUGCGGAGGCAAAGAUCUCUGCCCAAAACUGAAAAACGACGAGCUUUGCUACGACAUGAUCGAGAAAACGUACAAGUUUUAUUUGGCUUUUGAAAAUUCCAUUUGCCGUGAGUACGUGACGGAAAAGUUUUUCAACUCAAUAGCCAGGAACUUGGUUCCGAUCGUUUUGGGGGGAGCCAAUUACUCGGCAAUAGCCCCGGAGCACUCGUACAUAGACGCCCUGGCGUACAGCCCCCGUCAACUUGCGGCGUAUAUGAAGCGAGUGGAUCAAAACGAUUCCCUUUAUGCCGAAUUCUUUUGGUGGAAGCCUCAUUACCGUGUAGUUAACUUGCCUCAAACGAACAAAGAAUCGUUCUGCAACUUGUGCGCCGCUCUCCACGAAACUCCAAUGCAGGAAAGGAAAGCCCAAGGUCUUCAGAAAUGGUAUGUUGACGACAGCCAUUGCUUGGUUAGACCCAACUUCAAUUCCACGCAAUGAUUUUUUUUUAAAAAGAAUAUGGCAAAAAGACGAUUGCUUCUUUUUUUGGGUUUGUUUUUAUUACAUCAAAUUUGUGCCUUUUGAGAGAUUAGAUCUGAAUAGACAUUUAUGCAGCGACGGUGAGAUGAUGAUGUAACAACAACAAGAGCCGAAUACAAAUGACACGAUUGUUUAUUGGAAACUGACGGCAAAUAAUAUUUAAAUAUUUUGUAAUAAUGUGAUUGAAAUGCAGCUUUCCGGAAACUGCUCAAAUAAUAUUACAAGAAAUUGUUUAGUCCAUGAUUCCUCAAGCCCCUAUAGACAUACAUGGGAAUCAAAUUGAAAAUGCUUUAUGUAGACACAUAAUAAAAGUGGAUUGUUGUUGA